AUGAUAUUUACAGUGGGUUCUAAACGGCUUUCAAUCGGGUUGUACAGGUUGUUUCUACGUUUGAUACGGCUUUAUCAGGGCUUCCCGGACGGGGGCAAGGGGUUUGGGGUUCAGGGCUUAGGGGCCACUUUUGCUCCCACACUCAAGGUGAACACGCAGAUCGAUCAGUUGGGUGUGGAUAUCAACAGUCGCUUCAAGAGCAACGUGGAUCACCUCAACGUCCUGCAGAAGCACCUGAAGACAGUGAACGACAACAUCAUCAGUCUGGCCAACUGGCUGGGAAACCAGCCUAUGUUUGCCACCGACGAUGACCACAGUUUCACACCUCCGCACUCCGUCCUGCAGGGCGCGGACCCAUCGAGGAUCGUAGACACCAAAGGCGGGUCAGUGCAGAAGCCUCCACACGUAGAGGCGCAAGAGUGGCUGCUCUUCAUUGAGGUGAUCCCGUGCGGCCAGUUCCUCUUCUGGACCUACGAGAGCGUUCCCCUUUGGCAUUUCGGACGAGCUUGUGAUCUGGCGGCCACUUGGAGGACUUCUGCUACCUGUUCGCCUGUGCACAACGUGGUUCUGUUCUGGGGUGACUUGCAUUGGGGCACUCUGGAACGCGAGGGCGAGGUCUGGAUGGAACCUGAACCAAUGGAACACGAGGAAGAGAAGGGAUCACCAACUGAGUUAGCGGAGUCCGAAGCCGAGCAAAACACCGUGGAGAAGAUGGACCUGGAAGUGAAGCAAGAGACCAGAAAACGUGAACGUCCAUCUCGUUCUCGGAAGGUUGUCCGUGAUCCCGCUUUUGCUCAAGUUGUCCCUGUCUUGGAUGAAGAUGAUGACGACGACCUCAACUCCCCUACCAAACGACCUCUUCAUGGCGAUGCACCCUUGAGUGGCAAUGAAAUACGUGAACUCCUAUUCGGCCACGUCACGGAGAUGAAGGAGGCUUGGAGAAGCUUUCAAGGUCGUCUUGAUCGAGUGGAAAGCGAGCAACUUCAACAUGGGCACGAAAUGAUCAACAUUCGCACUAGAGCUGCUGCCCUCGAGAAGACAAGCACCAACUUACAGACGACCCAAAUCAAGGUCAACAAGAGCCUGGAGGAGUUGGCGGAGGAUGUCAAGAAGAUGAAGGUCCGGAUUGCGGAAGUGGAAAAGCGUCCGACUGAGAGCAGAGCCAUGGCCGCGGGUGGAAAUGGACUUCCUGGAGAUGUACCUCAACCGAAAGAUGCCCCAGUGGAUCCUUGGGCUGCCUUUUACCGCAACCGCGAUCGAGGAAGUGGGGAACGAGUCACUUCGGCUGGGACGACAGGGGAGAUUCCUUCGGGAUCAAAUGAUCGUGGGGGUGACUUUCUCUCUGAGGACGAAAAGAAGACUCUCGUUGUUGGAGGGUGGGCGAGAGAUACGAAGCGCACCAUCAUCGAGGAGGAGAGUGCUGCCCUCCUGAACACCGAUGGGAUCAAAGCCCUGAUCGACGUGGAGAAGUUGUCGGUGUUUGGUCCUCGACGAUCAGUUGGGAUGAUGAAGUUCGUUCAACGUGAGGGUGAAUCUUUGGCGGACGUUAAAAACAGAAUGUGGGCAGUCAUCAAACUCUUCUCUGCCAGCAAGGUCGAACUUCCAAGUACACGUGAAUUUGGGGCGGUAAAGACCAUGUGGGCAAGUUUCGUCAAAACCAAGGCCGCGAGAGCUAAGAGUUCGCUUGUUUCUCUUACGAGACGUGUAUCCUGCGAGCUUGCCAUGAAUACAAAGAAUGGAGAGGGAGGCAUCAAGUUCCUUGAGAACACCCAGCCGGGAGCCUACGAUUGUGACUGGAACAUGGGCACAAUAUGGUGCGGAAGUCACAAACUAGCGAGCGCAACUCUCAGACCGCCACGGGACGGCGAGCACGUGCUCCUCUCUGCAGGCUGGGUGUCCCUUGAUGCUGUCUCUGCGACCACUGGAUGCACGACGGAGGAGGCGAAGGCCGCCUUCGAACGCGAACUUUGA